AUGAUGGUAACACUGGCGAGUCCGGAAGAACUUCUAUCUUCAAGAAAUGAAGAUGAUGAAGAUCAUGUCAAAUUUGUGAGUAAGGACGGCAAAGUUUUAACGGAAGACGGAUGUAAUCUUUUGGAAAUGGAUAUGGAUGAUCCAGCUUGCAAACAAUUUAUCUUGAUUUCAAGGUUCAUUUCUUUCAUGGGACUUUGCUACAAGCCUUUUUCCAGUAAACUCUCCACAACACUCCGAUUGAUUUAUCAAGGAUCUGUAACAGCUAUCUGUUUAUACACUGGUGUUUUUGAUUUUUAUCAUUCGGUCUAUCUCUUUGAUCCGAAAUCUUCGGGAAGAACUUAUCAAUGGAUUGUCAUCAUUAUUCAAGCACUCGUCUCACAGAUUUUCUUGACUCGAGUGCAAAUGAAUCUGGGCAUUCCGAGAUUUUUCCACACACUGAAGCAUUUUCGAAUAGAUGAUGGAGGAUAUUAUGAUAAACUUCGCAAUCGUUCAAUAUCCAAUCAUACUCGUCGAUUUCUCGUUCUUUUUGGAACUGGCUUCAUCUCCGUCAUUUUCUACUUCACUGCAGCGAAACUUGGUUUUGCGACUGCGAUGAUUCAUCCAAGUUUCUUAUAUACUUUCAUCUACCCAGAGUUACUCUGGAUUCGUCAUUUUCUCAUUUUCUACAGCUUACAAGUCUGGACGAUCGCUUUACAUGUUUACAUGUGCCUUGCAAAUAUCAUGUAUUGGGAAGCGAAGAAGUUCAAUCGAAAACUCAGAGCUUUAAACGCUUCCACUCCAGGUGAGAUGGUGAAAAAAGUGGAAGAGAUGAUCCUUCUACACACUCAUUUAAACAAAUGUGUUCGAGAAUUGGAUCGGAUAUUCAAGAUCUACGGGUUUUUAAUCAUUUGUUCAAUUAUCCCUUCUACAUUAUUCACGCUGACGCUCGUUUUGACAAGAGACAGCCUUUCUGGACUAAUGCUUUGCAUUCCAACAGUUUUGAUGUGUCUUUAUGGCUACAUCGGUGCCACUCUUACCCCUGCCACUUUACAUGAAGAGCUAAGCAAAUCAAAAGCAACACUUUGCAUGAAUAACAAUCUCUGGGUGCCAUUUGAUGAAAAAGUGAACAAGGUAGCUCACACGUUGGUGAUGCACUUGGAACAAGCCGAUUUGGGGAUUUCUCUUUGGGGCUUUGCACUUGUUACAAAACCAAUGAUUCUUACGACAUUUUCCGUGAUGAUGACUUGUCUGGCUUUCUUUUUGGAGUUUCGCCCGAAAGAGACCGCGCAAAAACAGAAUGCCAGCAUGCCG